GUUUGAUUUUUCCUUCAAUUGUAAUAAUGACUUCAUGAGUGACACGUUUCAAUAAAGUAAAAGAGAGAUUUUCAAAAUUUUAAAAAUGCAUUCUAUGUCAUUUCACUUUGGCGUUACGGAGACAAUUUUAUUCGACAAAUGGCAAACGACAAACUGGCAAGAAGUUUUGGGUUCAGCAAUUGGCAUCAUUCUUCUUGGAGCCGUUUACGAAGCGCUGAAAAGUUAUCGUGACUACCUUUACAAAAUAACUUCAAAUAAUUGCCAACACAGAGUUUUAUCAAAGAAGAAAGGAAUACUGUCAAUUGUUCACGCUAUUCAAACAAUUCUACACGCAAUUCAAGCAAUUUUAGGCUACUUUUUAAUGUUUAUUUUCAUGACGUACAAUGUUUAUUUAUGCAUUGCUGUAGUUCUUGGAAUGAGUUUUGGCUAUUUCUUAUUUGCUUGGCAAAAAUCUCGAAGCGACAAUAACGAAUGUUGCUCGUAAUUAAAUUAAUUGAUUAUUUUAUUACUA